AUGUGGGUAGGAGGUGCGUGGCCGACACCCCUCGAUAGCGUAACGCGGGUGUUACCCGCGUGCUGGCGCCUGCACGCUGCCGCAAAGUGGAAACCUUCCUUUCACAGACAGGUGACGGUGCCAUCGAGGGGUUACGCACCGCAAAUCAGAGAGCUGAGUUCAAGUAGAACUGAGGCAUUGCGGCGUAGCAUACCACUGCGAGCGCAGCUUGAGCCCGAGAGCAACGAGCGAGGCUCGAAGCCAACUGCAGCGAAACGAGCACCUCGCACGAGUCGUCGAAAGGUGACUGGGCUCAAGGCUGCACGUUCGAGCAAAACCGCAGUUGCGAAAGCGACCGCCCAGAGCGAUGGAGUGCAGCACUCCACCGAGGCGGCUGAACGCUCGCCGUUGGACAACGAGGCCGCAGUUGGAAACCGCAAGGCGCUAGUCAUCGUGGAGUCUCCGGCAAAGGCGAGAACAAUCCAAAAAUUUCUACCGCCGAAUUAUAUUGUCGAGUCAUGUAUGGGUCACGUACGAGAUUUGCCUCAGACUGCACGCCAAGUACCUGCAGAGCUAAAGGAGCAUGCAUGGGCGCGCCUCGGCGUUGACGUAGAGGACUCUUUCCGUCCGUUGUAUGUCGUUCCGGAGAACCGCCGUGAAACCGUAGAGCGUUUGCGAGAACAGCUGACACAGGCGAAUGAACUCGUGCUCGCAACUGACGAGGACCGAGAGGGUGAGGCCAUCUCGUGGCAUCUGGUGGAGCUCCUACAACCUCAGGUGCCCGUUCGGCGCGCAGUUUUCCAUGAAAUUACCGAAGACGCUAUUCAAGAAGCCUUUCAGAGCUUUCGUGACAUUGACAUGAACCUGGUACACGCGCAGGAAACCCGAAGAAUUCUGGAUCGCCUGGCCGGUUACACCCUUUCACCACUGCUGUGGAAGAAGAUCGCGCCGGGGUUGUCGGCUGGCCGGGUCCAGUCUGUCGCACUUGCCAUGAUUGUGGAGCGCGAACUCGAGCGACUGCGCUUUCGCUCAGCCCAGUACUGGAGCAUCCUGGCCCAGCUUCGUAUCGAGCACGUGCAGGGCACCGAGUCACCGAUCCUGGAAGCAGAGCUUGUUCGCAUCGGGGAAGCACGCCUCGCUAUCGGCAAAGAUUUCGAUGGACGUACGGGCAAACUCAGAGAGGACGUGCAAUCUGAGAACACCAAUGGCCGUGUGAAAGUGAUCUGGCUCGAUGAACCAACUGCGAAUAGACUUGCGGCGGAGGCCCAGUCUGCACCGCCGGGCUCUUUUCGGAUCGUCUCGAUAGAGCGACGUCAGGUAACGCGUACACCGCCUCUGGCGUUCACGACUUCAACCCUGCAGCAGGAGGCCUCUCGACGCCUCCGCGUCACCACGCUUCAGGUGAUGCGCGCUGCCCAGUCUCUCUACGAAGGUGGCUACAUAACGUACAUGCGAACAGACUCUCCGCAGUUGUCCAUGCAGGCCACAGAGGCUGCCCGACGAGCAGCAGCAGAGCGCUUUGGCGCCGAGCAGGCAGUCCCCGCUCAAGCGGCGCCACGCAAAACGUCCAAGAAGCCGAAGGGUGCCCAGGAAGCGCACGAGGCCAUUCGGCCGGCCGGGCGCGCCUUCACGCCCCCGGAAGCCCUGAGCCUGGAACCUCUCGAGAAGCGCCUCUACGAACUCAUCUACUAUCGUACGCUGGCUAGUGAGAUGCAGCCAGCGAAACUCCGCCAAACAACAUUGACCAUCGAAGGUCCAAAGGAGAUGCUGUUCCGGGCGAGCGGCACCGAAGUAGAAUUUCCUGGUUGGCUCUUGGCCUACGAAGCACUUCGCCGCGUACACGAGCAUGUCUCCGAAUCUGGGAGCGCUGCUUCCGUUAACGAGGACUCUGCACUCGAUGAGCAGGGAUUACUUCCGAGAGACGUGCACCUUUCGGAGGGCGACAGCCUCACCGCGGUCGCUGUGGACCCCGUCCUGCACGAGACCAAAGCACCGGCACGCUACACCGAAGCGUCGCUGGUCAAGGAGUUGGAGACGAACGGCGUGGGGCGACCCAGCACCUACGUCAGCAUUAUCGAAACGCUCCUGGAGCGUUCGUAUGUGAUCCGGAAGGGUUCGUCCGGUUCGGCAUCGAGUCUGGUGCCAACCUUAACCGCGUUUGUGGUCGUGCGCUUCCUCCAACAUCAUUUCCCCAACUUUGUAGACGUUCGUUUCACCUCCGAAAUGGAGGCUGCACUUGACCUCAUCGCCAGAGGUGAAGCCGACCGCAUCGCCUACCUGCAGCAGUACUACUGUGGCGAGUCGGGGCUAGCAGCUGCGGUGCGGGCGAAAAGCGACACAAUCGAUGUCAACGAGGCACGACGAGUCUACCUCCCUGCGCUCGAGGGCGACGCAGCGGCUCCAGAGGUCACGGGUGAAGCGAAGACCACCGCUGCCGAUGGUGAACGAAAGGAGUGGCCGAAACCGCUGGUUUAUGUGGGCCCGUAUGGACCUUACGUUGUCUACGGCGAGAAGGUUUCGUUGCCGCGGGAGAUAUCGGCCGAGCAGGUCACCCUGGACACGCUGCGUCGUCUGGCGGAACAGCGCAAGUGCGCUGCAGAGCUGGGCGUGGAUCCACAGACCGGGAUGCACGUCUACUUACGAACUGGACCCUAUGGCCCAUACGUUCAGCUGGGCGAGGACCCCGGCUCGAUGGCAAGUCACACUUCCACGGAAAAAUCAGCAGCACCCAGUACCGAUGACGCAGCGCCUACCGACAAACAGCUCGAUUCCGCGAGAGAAGCGUCGCCAGGUACCAGUGCCCGUUCGACGAGACGCGCUCGAGGAACGGGUACGAGUGCCCGAGCUCCCCAUGAAAAGCCGAAGCGGGUUUCGUUGCCGUCGUGGCUGGACCCAGCACGAGUUGAUCUCGAACUUGCGCUGCGCCUGCUCUCCUUGCCGCGGAUUGUUGGCGAGCACCCGGCAACUGGCGAAAUCAUUCGCGCAGGCUACGGUCGUCUGGGUCCGUAUCUUCUCUAUCAGGACAAGUUUACGAGCCUGAGCAAGUACGAACCUGGAGGCGCCUCUGACCCGCUGUUCAUUGAUCUGGAAACGGCAGUUCAUAUUCUGGACACUGCGAAAACGUCCAAGUCUAGAUCCAGGUCGACGAAAUCGAAAACCAGCGAUGCCGCUGAAGAAGCGAAUGGGGCUUCAUCGGAGUCUGCGGACGCAGCACCUACGGAAAACGACCAGCUCAAGGCACCGCCAAGACGCGGAACAGCGCCUCGAACUCGCUCCCGCAAAACUUCCGGUUAG